AUGGACGCCAGGACUCUGUGGGUGCUGGUGUGGGUGCUGGUGAUGGCGCUGGGGUGCCCCCGGGCCACCGGGGGCUACGUGGGGCUGUCGGCCAGCCAGUGCGCCGUGCCGGCCAAGGACCGCGUGGACUGCGGCUACCCAGAGGUCACAGCCGAGCAGUGUAACAGCCGCGGCUGCUGCUUUGACUCCAGCAUUCCGCAGGUGCCCUGGUGCUUCAAGCCGCUGCAGGAGACCGAAUGCACCUUCUGAGGCCUCUCCAGGGCUCCUGAGACUCCACCCUGCCCCUGCCGGACCUGCCUGCCAGCCUUGUCCCUUGCACCCCGUCUGCCCCUCACACACCACCCCCCCCCCGUGCCCACACUUCCAUGGAAGCUGAGGUCCAGGCCCAGGU